AUCAAUGAAUUCAAACUUCCUUAAUUUCCCCAACAGAAUCACUUCUUAGAGAAUCCAAGAAGGAGAAGCUGUUGCCCUCCUCAUAUAUAUCACAACCCCUACACCUCUCUCUUCCCCUACCCAUCUUGACAACCAUGGGCAAGGGCAAGCUCAAGCUCACCCUUCACCUUAUCUUAACACUCACUCUUCUCUUCACUACCCCUCUCCCCACCAAAGGAGCCUUUGCUGCCACCCAAUACAUGCUACCGGCCAACACGGUCGAGUACCGGCCCAUCGACAGAGCCGUCGCCGUGGAUGGAGAUGGCAACCGCCGGGAGUUGACCCCCUUCCAACUCUGCCUGGAUUGCCGCUGCUGCGCCGCCAACGACCCGAACAACUGCUCGUCGAUGCCGUGCUGCUUCGGCAUCGACUGCAACCUCCCAGAGAAGCCCUUCGGCGUCUGCGCCUUCGUGCCAAAGACCUGCAACUGUACCUCAUGCAGUUGAUUCUAGCUUCUUAAUACUUAAGGUAUACAAAAGAUUCACGUAGGACUUCUUCAGAUGGUAUCUUGCGAGACUCAUCUGGAUGGAUGGAUACAUCGUUGUAUGAUAGAGAAAAGAUAUGAUUUUGGAUGAUAAUGGUGUAGAAUAAAACUGGUUGCUGGGAUGGGGGUGAAUAAAAGUUUGGUGUGUUUGCGCUGGA